AUGUCAGGAAGUGGAAUCCAUGGGACUGUGAUUCCGGGAUGUGCGGAGACAUAUGAAUCGGAAUCAAGCUACGAAGAAGGCGGCAGCCAGAGUAAGGGGAGGAGGAGCGACCGCCACCAGAAGCUCCGGCGGUUCCGCAGCGGCGAUAUCCUCGCGCUGCCGCAGGGCAUCACCCACUGGGCUUACAACGACGGCGACACCCCUAUUAUCAGCGUCUCCAUCCUCGACGUGGCCAACGAAGGCAACCAGCUGGAUCUGAACUUCAGGAAAUUCUUCUUGGCGGGAAGCUCACGAGAAGGCGGGCAGAGCGAGGAGGGAGGCCGCCGCCGCCAGGAGGGAGGAAGCCGCCGCGGCCGCGAAGAGGAAGGCGAGCGUGGUCAACGGAUGAGGAACAUCUUCAACGGAUUCGACGAGGAGAUACUGUCGGAGAUAUUCAACGUGGAUUCGGAGAUCGUGAGGAAGUUGCAGGCGAAGGAGGACAACAGGGGUUUCAUCGUCAGGGCGGAGAAGCUGGAUCUGGUGUUGCCGGAGUGGGGGAGAGAGGAGCAGCAGAGAGGAGAGAGAAGAAGGGAAGGCGGCGGCGGAUACAACAAUGGGAUUGAGGAAACUCUGUGCUCGAUGAAGAUAAGGCAGAACAUCGGCCACCCAACUAGGGCCGACGAGUACAACCCACGCGGCGGCCGCCUGAGCUCACUCAACAGCCAGACUCUCCCCAUCCUCAGCUUCCUCCGCCUCAGCGCCGAGAGAGGUGUUCUCUACAAGGUACAAAUAACACAUUUGAGUUUUAGUCCCUCAAGUUUGCACUAA